GGCGUUACGUCACAUCCUGUUUUCCGGCUUCGUCACCGUCUGUGUGUGUGCAGUGAGGGCAGUGAGGGCAGUGACAGGAGGCGGGCAGCGGAGUCGGACGAUGCUGUGGUUCCAGGGCUCCAUCCCGGAGGCUAUAGCGGCCGCCAAGCAGCGCAACUCCGUGUUUGUGGUGUUCGUGGCUGGGGAGGAUGAGCAGUCGAUCCGGAUGUCGGAAAGCUGGGCCAAUGAAGGAGUGACCCAGAACACUUCCGAGGGAUUCGUCGCUAUAAAGCUCGAUAGCCAAAGUGAAUCCUGCCUGCAGUUUUCACAGAUCUAUCCUGUUGUGUGCGUCCCAUCGAGCUUCUUUAUAGGGGAGAAUGGAAUCCCGUUGGAAGUCAUUGCUGGGAGUAUUUCGGCUGAAGAACUUGUUGCAAAGAUAGCCAAAGUCAAACAGAUGCACUCAGGAAAGAAGGAUGGACUUCUAGUAAAUGCAAAGCUUCCAGAAAGUUCUCCAGAGCCGUGUUCUGAAGCACCUUGUCCUGUUGUUCCACAUACCCACGCCAGCCCCCCGGAGAAUGCCCAGCCAGCAGGCACGCAGCCAGAGACUUCAUCGCCUACCACAGAACCUCCCACAUCAGUGGCAGCUCUGCCCCCCGCCCACGAGAGUGAAUCCCAGGAACCGGGGACUGAGUGUGUGCAGCCUAUCCAACCAGAGGAGGAGUUUGCCGACAGAGUGCAGCGGGUAACACAAAAGCUGGAGGAGAGAAGGGAGCAGAGAAAAAAGGAUGAGGAGCAGGUUGAGAUAAAGAAGGAAAUUGAGAGAAGAAAAAUGGGCAAAGAUAUGCUGGAAUAUAAGCGAAAGCAGGAGGAGGACUUGGCAAAAAGGGCCCUGGAGGAGAGAAACAGAGAGAAGGCGGAAGAAAAAGCCGCCAGGGAUCGCAUUCGGCAGCAGAUCGCUCAGGACCGCGCCGACCGUGCUGCCCGUUUUGCAAAAAACAAAGAAGAACUGGAAGCAGCGAAAGCGGCGGAACUGCAGGCCCAGCAGGCAGAGAGAGAGGCCCGGAGAGAGGUGGCACAGAAGGAGAGGAGUACCAUCGCCCGGAUACAGUUUAGACUUCCUGACGGUUCUUCAUUCACCAACCAGUUUGCAUCAGAAGCUCCUCUUGAGGAAGCGCGACAGUUUGCUGCACAGACAGUCGGAAAUACUUACGGAAACUUUGCACUGGCGACCAUGUUUCCAAGGAGGGAAUUCACCAAAGAGGAUUAUGGGAAAUCCCUGUUGUCGUUGGAACUCGCACCCAGUGCUUCAAUAGUCCUCUUGCCAGCAGGAAGGCCGUCCAACGCUGUCAUACAGAGCUCUGAAGGCGGAGUCUGGGGUUUCCUCGGUACAGUUCUCUUCCCUCUCCUAGCAGUAUGGCGGUUUCUAAGCAACUUCCUGUUUGGUAGCCCCUCCCCUUCCCAGCCUGCAGAGCGACCGGCACAUCCACGGCACGAAAGCACAAACCCAACAGCGAGCAGCAGUUCCGAACCAAAGAGAGAUGUUGUUAGGAAAAGAGUUCUAGAAAAGCGCACGGACGAGUUCAAAAAAGAAGGCAAAAUCUACAGACUGCGAACUCAGGACGACGAGGACGAGAACAACACCUGGAACGGGAACUCGACCCAGCAAAUGUAGGUGGGACUCAUUGCCAAAUGUACAAAGGCUUCUGAACUCCGCCCCCCGCGGAACCGCAGGGGAUUCUGGUAGCCACAUUCAUAAGAGCAUUCAGUACUUUAGUCUGCUGCAUGAAAGUAGGUUCUGGCACCAGAAAUGAUCCAAUUAACCCUCUUUAUUUACUGCCAGCGCUUUCCGUAUGGUUUCCUCUCACUGUACUAGAACCCUAGAACCCACGCACGUACUGGGAUUUUUAUUUUCACCGUUAUUUCCUGGCCGGGGAACCGUCUGUUCAGUUGGUAGUUGUGCCGCAGCCUCGGGUUCCUCCCACACUUGGGAUUUUUGCUACAUUUCACUAUAAUGCGAUGUUUUUGGAAAAUAAAAAAAGAGAGCGAAAGAGAGAACUUAUUUAUAUGAUUCUGCCCUUUAAUUCUGCAAAAAAAAAGCAAAAGCAAAAGCCAAGCUGUUUCUUGUAGUUUUUCAUGAUGGAUUUUGAGACAUUGAAAAUAAAGUUUUCAAAGAAAAUGA